AUGGCAUUAAUGGAGAACAACUCAGAGGUAAAGGAAUUCAUCCUUGUGGGAUUAACAGAUGUUCCCAAGCUUCAGAUCCCCCUCUCCAUAAUGUUCACCAUCAUCUAUCUCAUAACCCUAGUGGGGAACCUAGGCAUGGUAAUCUUGAUCUCCUGGGAUUCCCAUCUCCACACACCCAUGUAUUUUUUCCUCAGUAACCUCUCUCUGGUGGAUUUUGGCUACUCUUCAGCUAUUACUCCUAAAGUGGUGGCUGGGUUCCUCAAAGGGGACAAAAUUAUCUCCUACAAUGGAUGUGCUGCACAAAUGUUUUUCUUUGCAGCCUUUGCCACUAUUGAAAGUUAUCUCUUGGCUGCUAUGGCCUAUGAUCGUCAUGCAGCUGUGUGUAAUCCUCUGCAUUACACCACCACUAUGACACCUAAUGUGUGUCUGGGUCUGGCCAUUGGUUCCUAUGUCUGUGGCUUCCUGCAGUCUUGUAUCCACACUGGAUGUACCUUCAGACUGUCCUUCUGUAGCUCCAAUGUGGUACAUCAUUUUUUCUGUGACAUUCCUGCACUCCUGGCUCUCUCUUGCUCUGAUAUACACACCAAUGAAAUGGUCCUCCUCAUACUUGCAGGAGUCAAUGUAUUUUUUGCCCUCUUGGUUAUCUUAACUUCCUAUUUGUUUAUUUUCAUUGCUAUCCUAAGAAUCCGCUCCUCUGAAGGCCGACAGAAAGCAUUCUCCACCUGUGUUUCCCAUCUCUCUGCAGUUUCCAUAUUCUAUGGGACAAUCAUCUUCAUGUACCUACAGCCCAGCUCCAGCCAUUCCAUGGACACAGACAAAAUGGCAUCUGUUUUCUACACCAUGGUAAUUCCUAUGCUAAACCCUCUGGUCUAUAGCCUGAGGAACAAAGACGUCAAGAAUGCUUUCUGGAAAGCUAUUAGAUGGUAA